GCGUAAUGGUGCACGACUGGACGGCAGAUGUUUCACCAACGGGACACUCUGUCUCUGCACACUUUAUCUGAACUCCUCCGACGUUUUUUUUUUUCCCCUCGGCGUAGGCGUGCGUUAACUUGCUCUCCUGCCUUUUAAAAAGUUAUCAGAGGAAGGAGAGGACGGAGAGAAAGAGAAGGAGAAGGAGAAGAAGAAGAAGAAGAAGAAGAAGAAGAAAGAAAAAAAAAGUGGGCUCUCUCUUCAAACUGUCCCGGUUUUUACCGGGGAGUUGUCGUCAUCAGCACCCAAGAUAUCUCCCCCCUUUGCUCUCUAAAUGGAUGGGGCAGUCUUGGUCUUUGCAGUUCAGCACAGGCCAAAAGAUUGGAAACAACUUGUGAAUAUCCGAAAGUUUUGCGUCUAGAGGGGAAGCUCAGAAAUGCCCGGCUGCCUCGCUGCAGCUCAACUCUGAGGACUUCUCUCCUGCAUUUGUGCUUUUUUUUUUGUCAGGAGGAAGGACUCUGCUCAGAGUUUACAACAGAAAGGAAAAGUCAGCGCUGAAGUGGCAGCUCUAACAUUACAGCCCUCGCUAUGGAUUGGAUGUAUUUAUUGAUGUGCUUUUCACUCAGUCAGUUAUUUUUGGAUCAUAUUUUCGCUGCAGAAACGCAAGAAAAACUCUCUGGAAAGUUAAGUGAAUAUGGUCUUAUCGUGCCAUUCAGCACAGACUCCCGUGGCCGCUACAUUUCUCACGUGGUGUCUGCUGGAAGUGGAAGUAAAAGUGAUGGUGCUGCUGAUGGUGCCCCCUCAAACUAUGGAAGCGGAAGAAGACGGGUGGCCCGCGGUGCCCCCGAGAUGCCCUCGGUCACCCCUGCCUUGGCUCAGCACUUGUUUUUCAAUGUCACUGUUUUUGGGAAGGAACUGCACCUCCGACUGAGGGCCAACAGGAGGCUGGUGGCCCCGGGGGCUUUUGUGGAAUGGCAGGAGGACUUUGUGGAAAAGUCCAAGGAGCGUAUCCACGGGGACUGUGUUUUCACUGGAGAUGUGAGCGACAUGCCAGAGGCCUCUGUGGCUAUCAGCAACUGUGAUGGACUGGCAGGUCUGAUCCGGACUGAUAAUGGGGAGUUUUUCAUCGAGCCCCUUGAGAAGGGCCAGCAGGAUGUGGAAGUGAAGGGGCGUGUCCAUGUGGUCUACCGCAGGUCGGCCAUCAAGCGGGAGUCGGGCCAGCGGAGGGAGGACCUACACAAUGAAGUUGCAGACUUUGGGAUUGCGAGCCUUCCUGCGUCUCUGGAUCUGGUCGAACACAAACUGUCCGAGUCCGAGCGCAAGAGGAGGCACGCAAAGAAGGACGACUACAACAUUGAGGUGCUGCUGGCUGUGGACGACUCGGUGGUGCGCUUCCACGGCAAGGAGCACGUGCAGAAUUAUGUUCUCACGCUCAUGAACAUAGUUGAUGAAAUCUACCACGAUGAAUCUUUGGGAACCAACAUCAACAUCGUCCUUGUGCGCAUGAUAAUGGUCGGCUACAGACAGUCUAUAAGUCUGAUCGAGCGUGGCAACCCAUCCCGCAGCCUGGAGCAGGUGUGCCGAUGGGCCAACACGCAGCAGCGCCGGGACCCCGACCAUGCCGAGUACCACGAUCACGCCAUCUUCCUCACAAGGCAAGAUUUUGGUCCCGCAGGUAUGCAAGGUUACGCUCCAGUGACAGGGAUGUGCCACCCACUGAGGAGCUGCACUCUGAACCACGAGGACGGCUUCUCCUCGGCCUUUGUGGUCGCUCACGAAACCGGCCAUGUGCUCGGCAUGGAGCAUGACGGGCAGGGUAACCGUUGUGCAGAUGAGACCAGCAUGGGUAGCAUCAUGGCACCUCUCGUCCAAGCAGCUUUCCAUCGCUAUCACUGGUCACGUUGCAGCAAGCAGGAGCUCAAUCGAUACAUCCACUCCUACGACUGCCUGCUGGAUGAUCCCUUUGAACAUAAGUGGCCCAAGCUUCCCGAGCUCCCUGGAAUCAAUUAUUCAAUGGACGAACAGUGCCGCUUUGAUUUUGGCGUUGGAUAUAAGAUGUGCACAGCUUUUCGAACAUACGACCCUUGCAAGCAGCUGUGGUGCAGCCACCCCGAUAAUCAGUACUUCUGUAAAACCAAAAAAGGUCCUCCAGUUGAUGGAACAGAGUGCGCACCCGGAAAGUGGUGCUUUAAGGGACACUGCAUCUGGAGAUCCAGCCAGCAGCCUCAGGGCCACGAUGGCAGCUGGGGCUCCUGGUCAAAGUUCGGCUCCUGCUCCAGGACGUGCGGAGGCGGCGUCCGCUCCCGCAGCCGACAGUGCAACAACCCAACGCCUGCCUACGGUGGUCGAGACUGCCCUGGCUCUACUUUUGACUACCAGAUGUGCAACACGGAGGAGUGUGCUGGACCUUACGAGGACUUCCGUGCUCAACAGUGCGUCCAGAGGAGCAACAAAUACCACAAAAACAUCAAGCACACCUGGCUACCGUAUGAGCACCCAGAUGAGGCUCGUAAGUGUGAGCUGAGCUGUAAGUCAAAGGAAACAGGAGAGGUGGUGUUCAUGAACCAGGUGAUGCAUGAUGGGACGCACUGCAGCUAUUCAGAACCAUUCAGCGUGUGCGCUCGAGGAGAAUGUUUGCAUGUUGGCUGCGACAAGGAGGUCGGCUCUUACAAACAAGAGGACAAAUGUGGAGUGUGCGAGGGGGACAACUCCCACUGUCGCACCGUGAAGCUGACGCUCACAAAGACGCCCAAGAAGAACGGAAUGCUUAAAAUGUUCGACAUCCCGAUAGGAGCCCGACACAUCGUCAUUGAAGAGAACGAGACCUCUCCUCAUAUAAUUGCUGUGAAGAAUCAAGUAACUGGAAACUUCAUUCUAAAUGCAAAAAGUGAAGAAGCAGAAUCAAAGAACUUCAUAGAAAACGGGUUACAGUGGGAGUACUCCAUGGAUGGAGAGAAGGAGACGCUGAAGACCAGCGGGCCCCUGCAUGAAGGCAUUGUGGUGCUGGUUAUUCCUCAGGAAGAUGACGCCAAGAUUAGCUUGACAUAUAAGUACAUCAUCCACGAGGACCUGCUGCCGCUCAUCACCAACAACAACGUCCUCCUGGCUGAACUCGACACCUAUGAGUGGGCUCUGAAGAGCUGGUCUCAGUGCUCCAAACCCUGUGGAGGAGGCAUUCAGUACACAAAAUAUGGAUGCAGAAGGAAGAGUGACAGUCGUUUGGUGCAUCGUAAUUUCUGUGAAACCAGCAAAAAGCCCAAACCGAUCCGCAAACGCUGCAACAUCCAAGAUUGCAGUCAACCAACGUGGGUGGUCGAGGAGUGGAGUCCUUGCAGUAAGACCUGCGGGAAGCUCGGCUACCAGACCCGAGUGGUGCAGUGCAUGCAGAUGCUCCACAACGGCACCAACAGGCCCGUCCACAGUAAACACUGCACCGCCGAUCGACCCGAAAUGAGGAGAGUCUGCAACAGCACCACGUGCCCCCCUCAGUGGAGGACAGGGGCGUGGUCUCAGUGUUCAGUGACCUGUGGCGAGGGGAUUCAGCAAAGGCAGGUGGUCUGUAAGGCCAGCGACAACACCAUCGGAGAAUGUGAGGGCGAGAAGCCUGAAACGGUCCUCAUCUGCAACCUGAACACGUGUCCAGGGCAGCCGGUGUCUUCUCUCACAGUUGAAACAAUGGAAAACUCCACCAUAAAAGACGAAGCUGUGCACCAAAGGGAUCCCGAAAACCCUGUCCACAAAAUCACUUCGAAUGAGCCAUGUUUGGGGGAUAAAUCAAUUUUCUGUCAAAUGGAGGUUCUCGCCCGUUACUGUUCCAUCCCUGGAUAUAAUAAGCUUUGUUGUGAGUCUUGCAACAAGAAAGACAUUUUUACCACACACACUCCUGACCUCCUAAACACACCGGUGGCUUCCGUUAAACCAGAGACCUCUGCGACUUCUCAUGCUGUAUCACCAAAAGCUCCUUUAACAACACUGAGCCCGCCGCAAACCACUAAAUCCGUCGGCAGGCGGCUUCGCUCCACUGCUCCAGUUCCAACCACCUCUGCAGCCGCCGAAGCCUCGCCAUCCAAGGGUGCUGCUAUGUCCCCGGGUCCCACCAGGGACUCCUUCCUCACUGCUGGGAGGGGGGACUCAGACUCUGACCCGGAGCCUCUUCUACCUCCAGGGCCAGCGCGGCCCACCGCAGACUCCAGUGGAGGUGCCUCUAAAGAGCACAGUCCAAAGAGCACUUUAGGCCCAGUCACUGCCAAGUCAAGAAGGGACGAUUUAGGAUCGGAGAGGGACUCCAGUCACAGAACCCUGACAGUUUGAAAAACAAACAGCGAGCAAUGAUGUGAACGUGCUGCUCAGUGAGACGCUCUCAAACAUCAGCUCUGCCUUUGCAGAAUCUAAAAGACUUGCAGUGUCACUGCAGAUUUUUUUCUUCUUCAUUUUUUUUUUUUUUUUUUUACACAAAGAUUUUUUUUUCCACUCCAGUGAACUUUGACUAGACAAUGAUGGUUACCUCAUCGAAACUCCAGAGUGAUCUGUGUGCAGCGUGGCUCCGCCCCCUCGGGCCUCAAAUAUGAAAUGGAAGGAAGAGAAAAAAAAAAAGUUUUCAGGUGCUGUAAACUAAAACGACUACAAGACGUGCUCAAAAUGUGAUGACUGCAUCGCUACAUUCAUGUUUUUAUCUGUGUUCAGUUGUGUCAGACUGUUUUUCUUUCAAGUGCAUUAGAACUACUAUUGAACUUGUAUUGUGAACAUUUGAGGAGAGCUGGAAGGCCAUGGCUAUGGAGGUGCAUGUGUUAACUACGGAGGCCUGAGUGUGCCACUAGAAUAUUUAUAGACUGUCUCAACUACAACCAAUAAUGCCAAGUUAAAAUAAUUAUAUACAAUGUUAAUGAUGUUUUUAAUAACACUCUCAAAAUAUGCUGAUUAAUCCUCAUAUCCUCUGAGGACUUUUUAAACAGUUUAUGAAACAAUCAAAUAACAAGUGAUGCCUCAAAAUGACCAAAAAAAGUGAAACAAGACCAUCAGCAUUAAGAUUUAUUAUUUUAUUUUCAGUGCCUGAGACUGCUGCUGCAGGGUAGGUGUCAAAGUUAGUAGCGGUACGAUUCAGAAUCAGCCAUUUUCUACAUCAAAGAUUCAUACGAGGUGUUUUAAAAUUUAUUGUUAAAGGCAGCAAAAAAACAUAAAAAUUGGCAAAAAAAAAUACUACUUACACAUGAACAGGGUAAGAUGAGAAAAGACAGUUGCGAAAUAUUUACACAAACAGAAAGUUCUUCACAGGAACAUCCACUUCUUAUCCUUAAGAAUAGAAGGAAUUUAGAAACAACAUUUUAAAACUCCUACCAUUUAUCAUUUUUGAAUGUCUCAGAAUUCCUGUUUCUAUUUGUUGAUGGUGCACUGUGCAUUAAAUAACAGCAGGCUCAUCAGAAUGUCUGUUGCUUAAGGCAACAAUACGUAACUUUUCCAACUUAAAAUAGUAGUUUCAGGUCGAUCUAAUAGUAUAAUUCAGCAGGGAGAACGGCGUAUAUCCCAUUUCCACAGGGCGCUCCACAGCUCUAUUUAACUUUGGCAAUGGGCUCUCCUAGCCAGUUAGCCUAUUUUUUAGACUGUUUGAUACGGCUCAGAGAUGGAGGAGAAAAAAGAAAGGGAUUUAUUGAUGUAUUUCUCGACCCAAGACCGUGCAAGGUAGUGUUCCUCACAUCAAGUUUUGCAUCUUUAGAAUGCAGACAUAGGACUGUAUCAGUCUUGUCAUUUUAUUCCAAACCAAGAAGUGAAAAAAGCGCAUCCCAAAAAUGUCACUCAUCAUUUUUUCUCGUUUUCCGUCUUUUAGAUGCAAAUGUAUUCAUUUACAUGAUACUAGAUUGAAGGAUGUGUGAUCAGAAUAAAGCACCUGUUAUCUCUAUAAUUGUUCUAUUGGCACACUCCAUCCUCCAUAACCAUCCCUCCAGACAGGGAGCUUGAUGGCUUCUCCUUCUCCGGUGCUCUUAUCUUUCCCCCCAAACCCAACGUACUGGUGAUCAUCCUCGCUGGUUUUUAAUCACGGCAACUUACUGUAGCAUGCCUUCAGUCUGCCUACGUGGAAGUCAGUCACUUACACUUUAAAAACAAAACAAUUGAAGAAAACUCCUUAUGUUAUAAUGUUUUUUUAGGUAACUGAUAUAUUUCUCAGAUAAUAAUGUAUAUAGUGUAAAUUGUCCGGUUAUGAAAAGUAAUUAACAACCAGGAAUAAAGCCGAAGGUAUGAUGCCAUUGGAAAAUACAGGCGACACCAGACUGUAGCUGCUCAUACUGUCAAAUCAUUCCUGCAUUGCAGAUCAUAACAUCAUUAUGUUUAUUGUAUAGUUCUUGUAUAUACGUACAUGAAUGAAAGCUUUAAAUGUUAAUAUUUAUUGAAUUUUUAAGUGAAAUGGAGAAAAAAGUAAAACAUGUUUGAAAGAAACAA